CUGUUAGGGCAAGUGCUUUCUCCAGGCAGGAUAUUGGGGAGGGGGGUGCACGCCGUGUUCCCGUAAGUAGCCUCCGCAAACUUGGAGGUUUCUUUCUUUCCCUUCUUGGAGUAAUUGGCCAGCCUUCCCUCCUCCUCCUUUUAUCUUGCCAAAAAAACGUUCCGGAGCAAAAGGAUGUGACUCGGACCGUUGGUUAUGAACCUUUCUGAUUUUGCUGACUUCUGCUUCUCGUUUGGGCCGGCACGAUGCUUCUGCUGCUCCAAGAAAUCCCGUCCCAAGCACUUGAGCGAAAGCUUUUUUAUGGUGAAGGGUGCCGCGCUCUUCCUCCAGCAAGGAAACAGUCCACAAGGCCCGCGGAGUCUCCCUCACCCUCACAAACAUGCAGGUGACUUGCCCCAGCACCUUCAGGUGAUGAUCAACCUCCUUCGCUGUGAAGACAGGAUCAAACUGGCCGUUCGUUUAGAAAGUGCGUGGACAGACCGAGUGAGGUAUAUGGUGGUUGUCUAUAGCAGUGGGCGCCAAGAUACAGAAGAGAACAUCUUGCUGGGAGUGGACUUUUCCAGCAAGGAGAGCAAAAGCUGCACCAUCGGGAUGGUUCUGCGGCUGUGGAGCGACACGAAGAUCCACCUGGAUGGUGAUGGCGGGUUUAGUGUCAGCACCGCAGGGAGGAUGCACAUCUUCAAGCCUGUUUCGGUACAAGCAAUGUGGUCUGCCCUGCAGAUCCUCCACAAGUCUUGCGAAGUUGCUCGGAGGCACAACUACUUCCCCAGCGGCAUGGCGCUCGUCUGGGCCACGUACUACGAGAGCUGCAUCGCCUCCGACCAGAGCUGCAUCAACGAGUGGAACGCCAUGCAGGACCUGGAGUCCACCCGCCCCGACUCACCAGCUUUAUACGUGGACAAGCCAACUGAGAGGGAGCGGGCAGAACGGCUCAUCAAGGCCAAACUCCGGAGUAUCAUGAUGAGCAAAGAUCUGGAGAACGUCACCUCCAAAGAAAUUCGGAACGAGCUGGAGAAGCACAUGAGCUGCAACUUGAAAGAGUUCAAGGAAUUCAUUGACAACGAGAUGCUGCUGAUCCUGGGCCAGAUGGACAAGCCCUCCCUCAUCUUCGACCACCUCUACCUGGGGUCUGAGUGGAACGCCUCCAACCUGGAGGAGCUCCGGGUCUCUGGCGUCGACUACAUCUUAAACGUCACCAGGGAGAUUGACAAUUUUUUCCCGGGCUUGUUUGCCUACCACAACAUCAGAGUCUACGACGAAGAGACGACAGACCUCCUUGCCCACUGGAAUGAGGCCUACCACUUCAUCAACAAAGCCAAGAAAAACCGCUCCAAAUGCCUGGUGCACUGCAAAAUGGGUGUGAGCCGCUCUGCCUCCACAGUCAUUGCGUAUGCCAUGAAGGAGUUUGACUGGUCCUUGGAAAAAGCCUACAACUACGUGAAGCAGAAGCGCAGCAUUGCCAGGCCCAACGCCGGCUUCAUGAGGCAGCUCCUCGAAUACGAGGGCAUUUUGGAUGCCAGCAAACAGCGCCAUAACAAGCUGUGGAAGCAGCAGUCGGAGGACAGCCUCCCCCAGAGCUUGGACGGCCCCGGCGGGCCGAGCGGCUUCCUGCUGGGGGGCCUGGAGGUGGACCUGGACCCUGCUUGCCAGCCCCCCUGCGCGGACCCCCGAGCGCCCCCGGAAGCCGUGGGCUUCCAUUACUGCUUCCGGCGCCUCUCCGACUCCUUGCCCGGCAGCAGGGACUCCUUUUUCCAGGUGGAGGACCUGGAGAGAGACGUGCUCCUGGAAGAGGCCGGCUCAGCGGCUGCCCUGCCCCUCCCGGAGCCCUCGGCCCGGCCCGAAGCAGGAGAGCUGACGGGCAGGGAGGAAGCGGAAGGGCCCGCGGUCGGGGAGAAGGCCCCUGAGGAUGGAGCCCUUCCUCGGCUUGGCGGCUCAGAGGAAGAAGGCGGCCGAGAGGAGAAGCCCGUGGAGAGGUGGCAGCAGGAGGAGAGCCGGCUGAACUGCGAGAACCUCAACAACAACAGCAGCAGCAGCAGCAAAAGGAGCUGCCCGGAGGACUUUGAGCACGACGCCAUCUUUGGAAUCCUCAGCAAGGUGAAGCCUCCCUACAAGUCUUGUGCCGACUGCAUGUAUGCCUCCACCGGCGUCUCCGCCACCGAGGCCUUUGGAGAGCCCCGCGAGGGCCCGUGUCCAGUUCCUCCAUGCCCCAGCUCCACCGUCUGCACUCAGCCCUCGUUCCUCCCGCACGGCGCCCCCGCCUUUCUGGAGCAGACCUUUUGCGAGUCCUCUGCCAGGGAAAUCCGCAGAGCGAAAACCCACAGCUUGCCUUCGGUGCUGGCAGCUGGGGACGUGCCGGAUAUCGAGGCUGGUAAGCCCGCCGCCGGCUGGCAAUGUGAGACUUUGGAGAAGGUCAGAGACCUGCCCAAGACGCCCGCCGGGGCCUUGCCUGGCCAGAGGCAUUCCCUCUGCGAGAAGAGCCUCAGUGAAGUGCCGAAAGAGGACUCUCCGCCGAGGAAAGAUCUCCGGCAGACGAAAGACCUGAAGUACUUGCUGUUCAGUAAGGAGUUGGAAAAGCCAACCGCCAACAGUUACUUAAUGCAGCAUCAAGAGUCCCUCCUUCAGCUCCAGAAAGCCGGCUUGGUCCGGAAGCACACCAAAGAACUGGAGCGCCUGAAAAGCCUGCCGCCCGAGACGGCCGUGCAGGCCCGGGAGAGCCCCGGCGGCCUGGCAGACGCCACCAUCCCCGAGGAGAGCCAAGAGCUGAUGGCCCACGAGGGCCAGCUCCCUCUCCUGGGGCCGCCGCUCUCCGUCCCUGCAGAUGCAGAGCUGGACGCCCAGAAGCUGCAGAAAGCGCUCCUCGUGGGAGGGGUCUCUCAGAAGACCUCCACGCCCGUCCUGUGCAAAACAGACCACAUGAGCAGCUUCACGAAGGACUUCCUCAAGACCAUCUGCUACACGCCGUCGUCCUCGCGGAGCUCCAACCUGACGCGGAGCUCCAGCAGCGACAGCAUCCACAGCGUCCACGGGAAGCCCGGCCUGGUGAAGCAGCGCACCCAGGAGAUCGAGACCCGGCUGCGGCUGGCCGGCCUGACGGUCUCGUCCCCUCUGAAGCGCUCCAAUUCUCUUGCCAAGCUGGGGAGCCUCGACCUCUCCUCCGAGGACUUGACGAGCGACGCGGACCUCUCUGCGCUGACGGACUCGAGAGAGGCUCAGCCCAGCCGUUCCUCGGGGCCCUGUGAUCAUCCCCGGGCCCCUCUGAAGGACACGGGAGCAGGCGCCAAACUCUUGGCCAGAUCCACCACGGGGCAGUUGAGGAGCAUGCUGUGGAUGGGGAAAAGCUGACACACUUGUAACCUUUUUUUUAAAAAAAGCUGUUCCUUUUAUAUUGGUCUCCGCUAAAUGCAAUUUUAGCAUCUUAAAAAAAAAAAGAAGAGAUUGCUCAUUCCCGUUCCGUGCUGUAAGCGGAGGGUAGGACCAGGCCGUGGGGUACUUUCCGACAAGGGCAAAGAAGCCUGAGAGAAAAAAGCACGCAAGGCGCCGGCAUGUAGAGCGUGGAUUCCUGUUCCUCCACAGCCGUAUCGGGGCAGCAUCGCUUCGUACAUUCUCCACACCUCCGAGUCGCGCCCUCCCCCCCAUUCCCUCCCCCCCCCCGGUAGCUUCAGCUGAACAGAAGUUUAAUCUCCAAGAGACCCUGGUGGAAAUCGCCCAAGAGGGCAACAGUAAUUGCUACCUCCAUGUAUUUAUAUAGUUGGGUCUUUUAAAAAAUCUUGUUCUGAAGUUGAUUUUUUUUAAAAACCGAGAACAGUCAUUUGUCAGUUAACGCUUGCCAUUGCUGUCUGUAAAAGCUUGAUCAAAAAGAUGAUCAAGAUUCCGCUUCGGUGGGUUUCUUUGACUGUCUGGACGACGGUUGGGUCGCUUCUAGUGCUGUGCGCAGGUGCUGUGAUGCCAAGCCUUCUUCUCCCAGAGAGGCGUCUCCUUGGUCAGGUGAUCGGGCUGGUGUGGAGCUGUUCCGUUCGUACCGAUGAGGUGGUGACCAAGAAUCCUUGUAGAUCUCUUUGGUUCUAACAUCCAGAACCAAACAUGGCGUGCUUUCUUCAGCUUGCCGCAGAGAUAAGAAAGUUGUGGGUCAUCUCAGGAAUCCAUUUCUGGCCUGUGGACCAUCCAGGCCGACGGGGUGGUUUUUCUCUCCUCUCUUGUUUAGGUGCCAUGGGCCUGGGCAGGGUAGCAGAGCGGACGAAGGGCUCUUCUUGGCUUUGGGGGUCCGUGUCUCGUCUGUGGUGUGAUGGGGCAAAUGUUACUUGAAGCACUUCUUCUUUUCAAAGAGGCUGGGGGGGGUGUCUUUGGGGCCAAAAGCCGAGGUCUCUCUUGGUUUGGAAGCACUUCCCAACAAGGGCAGCUGUGUGGCGUCAGCCGUGUUCAGUACGGUGCGAAGGUCCGGGAAAGAUGGGCCUUUGAUCACUCUUGCUCCUACACUGGAGUUAAAUUCCUCAGCACCAGCCACAAGGAGACACUAUUGGGAACCCCCAGACCUUUUCGUAGCAAGCAACACAUCACAGCAAGGGUGCCAGCAGCUAGCCAGUUUCCAGGCUGCGAGCCAGACUUGAGUGCCAAGGAGGACCGGAGCACUUCCGAUAUUAUUUCGGAGGUCUUCCCUGGCCAUGACAGCCACCCGCCCCUCCCAUCCAAACAGCCCACCCACGGCCCAAGGGGUGAUUUCCUGGCUCCGGGCGGGUAGGCAAGUGCUUCUGGCGAACCAGUAUAGCUUGUGCUGCCUUUCAUUGGUUGCGUUUGCUUAGGGCAGCCAAGACUAUCUGGGGGUCAGGCUGCGGGGGGAAUCACAGGAUCGCUACUUGAGGCCCUGUGAUGAUCAUAGAUCCUUUUGCAAACCCAUAUCCUUGACCUGCUUUCCCCAGUCGGUGGCGAAGCCGCUUGCAGCUCUGGGGGGCGGGGGGGGGCACGCAAAAAGACCUCCCACUCGGGGGUGGCACGGUCCUCUUUUCAGAGGGGAGAGCCAGGGCACAACUUUCGGGACUCCUUUCUCUUUGCAAAGCACGAGGAGGCAGCUGGGAGAACCCGUGCCCAGGUGCGUUCGGCCAAGAACACCGUCCCUUGCCUGGGAGUGCGGGGCAGGGACAGACCAGGAAGGCUUGCAUGUGUGUUCGGAGAAGUUCCCGUUCCCAAGUUAGUGGGAGGUUUCUCUUCCUCUCCCAAGACAGAACAAUCUCGGAUUGUGUACAUCUGGGGCUCUCUUCCCAACAAUCUUAGAUGACAAAUACUCAAUGUGAAAAAUCACUGCUGCAGUUGAACACACAUUCCUCUGGACCCCACCGUGUGUGGGGUGUGUGUGUGUGUGUGAGAGAGAGAGGAGUAUAUUUAGACGAAGGCAUCUGAUGCCAGAUUCAAGCUCUCUGUACUGUACUGAUUUUUGUGUCAAGGGGACACUUAAGGCGGUGGCAAGUUCUGACGGGCUGAUCGGUUAAUUUCUGCAUUUGAAAAUGUUGCCAUGGGUCGUGGCUGGCUUCAGGGAGAAGAAAAAAGUGUCUGUGUUGGGAGAGAUGUGGCAGUUUACCUGCGCACAGUGGUUCUGAAGGAGCAGAGUGCAUCCUGUUUGGGGAAAAUUCAAAACAAAACCCGUUUGUAGUCCAUGCUAAGAAAUGCCGAAUCGGUUUCAGAACCUUCUCCUGAACUGUGCUAUCCUCAGACGAUCAGCCUGGGAGUGCUUUCUCCCAGCAGCAGGAUCCUUGUUUCUGGGUGGCAGAGUUCUGGCCAGCUCGCCCUUGGCGCAUCUGCUGAUCGGCAGCUCAGCGCACAACCAGCCCCUCCCAUCACCUCUGGCUAUGUUGAUUUGGGGUUUAGGGGUUGGUUGUGCAGAGCGACUUCAUAUCUAGCGUGUCCAAGUACUGUAUUUUAUUUAUUUCCUUAUCUUAUUGAAUUUCUAUACUGCCAAUGUAGGUGGUGUACAGAUUCGGACAUAAUAUAAAAUAUGAAACAUUUUAAAUCCAUAAAACAAAUAACAAUCACAGUCGAUAAGAACACGAUGAAAUUUCAAAAAUCAGAUUUCAGUUAAAAGCCUGGGGAGAUAGGUCAGUCUUCAGGGUUGUCCCCCUGGAGGCUCAAAAUAUCCUCUCAAUAUGGCCAGAACCCGAUCCGAAACUGCCCCCGGGAGCUGGACCUGCUCUGGUGUGGCAGCGGGUGGCCGGGAUGGAGCCUCAACUUGAUUGUUUUCAUCGCAGGCGGGGGGCAGAGGCAUCCAGCACUGCCGCUGGGGGUUGUGGGGGCGGAGAGGGGGGCUAAAUUUAUGAUAACCUACUGACGACAGGUGUCCCCCUUUGGGAGGUGAUGGCCUCAGGUGCCCCGCUUCGGGUCCAUGCCCGCAGCAUCCUCACCUGUGCCUCUCUGCAGGCAUGUGAUGAAAACAUUGUAGAUGGUGUUUUCAGGGCUGGAGAUCCUUGUAAUACGCAAAGCAAAAUCCAUUGAGUGUUCCUUGUUUGGUCCCCUGGUGAACGUCCGUCUGGUUGGUGUGCUCUCUGUCUUCAGAAGCUGUCACAUGUGGGGUUUUCUCCAGGUUAUCUUCAACCCGGCUUGCCAAUACAUCUUGGAAACAGGACAUGAAGGAGUCCAGUCCAAGGGUUCUGUUUACUCCUACCUCUGCUGUGCCGCUUGUGAACAGAGAGAGGAAACCAAUCUAGAAAUGCCCCUCCAGGAAGGUCGGGCACUUAAUCUUAACAAUAUGAGGAGCCCUCUUGUGACCUGGCAGACUUGGCUGCUCUGAGAGCCAAAUCCUGUGGUCCUCUGUCUCCACUUGCGACUUCCGUUUCCAGGGAGUUCUUGCAAGCACUAAUUGCAUGGGCCAAUAUAUAUUUUUGUUUCUUUUGGAAGGUGGCUGUGUUUGAUGCUCUCUUCCUGUUCAACUGAAGGUCCAAGCCUGCUUUAGUAUAUCUCAGGUCUACAUUGAACGUCAAACAAACAAACAAAAACUUUUUAAAGCCAAUGGAAGCAUCUACCCUUUAGCAUGCCAUUUCCAGGAUAUUUCUUUUUUAUCCCCAAGUAGCAGAACUUUGUGCAGACUGAUGCUUGAAAAGGUAGCUGCUUUAUUUUCUUCCGUAUCGGUGGUAGAGAGGUUUCCCCUUUUCUUUUUCUUUUAUCAUUGAGUGCCUUGCAAAUGGUUUACAAAUACUGUGUAUUUAUGUGAAGCUCUUGUUCUCAUCUUAGUACUUUGGUAAUCAUGGUGCCAUUAUGGUACACAUCAUGCUUGCAUCCUUGGGUGAUCCUCUCCAUUUGGAAUUGCUAACCGGUGUCAUUUUAAGAAGCUGUCAGGGAUGGUUUGAAAUUUGUUUUUAAAAAUGGCUGUCCUCAUACACCACUGUGGGAUUAAUCUAUGCAGACACCGAGGGAACCUCAGGUUUCCCAAAGGUGGAGAAACCUUUGCCCUCUCCACCUGAUGAAAAUGGAACCUGGACCUUUGUGCCAACAUGCCUCCCAGCUAAAAAUAAAAUAAAAUAAAAUAAAAUGCACAAACCAUUGAGACGAAAUGCUUCCUGAAUGCUUUUCAUAAGAAGCCCCAUCUUGGUUCCGGUUUCUUGCUCCGCUUGCUUCUCAGAUAAUUGCAACGUUUUUGAGUUGCAAAUAUAGGUUGGCUUUUUUCGCCAGAAGGUAAAUCAAAGCCCAUGGAUGAGCCCCUGUUUCUAAAACUGGGGGUUGGUCCAGACACUGGCCAUGUGGGAUGGGGCCCCAGGACCGUACGUACCCCCCCCUCCCCAAAAAACGGAGAGAGACGGAGGCAAAAGAGUGCAGGAAGGAUGACUGAGAUCAAUCAGGUCCAUGUUGAUUCCUGCGCGGCUUAGGCUGAGACGUGUGCUACUUCAUAAAUUGGCAGACGGAUGGGCACGAUCCCUCAAAGUGUGGUACCUUGCCGCAAAGAUGUCGGCUAUAAGCGAGCCCAUCCGCAUCUCCACGGGGGGUAUCGGUGAGAGACCGUGGACAGAAAUUGGCCACAACAGACUGUGUUACUGACUCCUUGUUUUCUCAACUCUGAUUGUGUUUUAUAUUUAAAGACGCAGGAUUUUUUUUUGUACUGUACAUUCACAGUAGGGGGAUGCAUAAUGCACUUUUGUUUUUGUUUUUUUUGUUUUUUACUUUUUGUGGGUAAAAGUGUACUGUAUUACGUGCUUCUUGUGAGGAAACAAUUAAAACAAAAGGUUGUUUACAA